AUGAAAAGUAAUAUCUCAGAAGAUGUUCUCGAAAAUCCAGAGUUAUACGGUCUUAGAAGAUCUCAUCGUUCUACUGCUAAUCAACAUCAAAACUACUAUGACAGUGAAGAUGAAGAUGCCCUAGUGAGUAAACCUAGGAGAUCUAACAAAUCUAGAACUGGGUCAAGAGGUGAUAACGAUGAAGACGAUGACGAUAAUGCGGACUAUGAUAUGGGUGAUGAGGAUGAUGAUGACGAAGAUAAUUUAGAUGAUUUUAUUAAUGAUGAUUUGGAUGAUGAGGAUGAUUAUGUAGGGAUUAAAAAGACAAAAAAGAAGAUAUCCACAAAGAAGAGCAAACCGAAGAAAUCAAUGAGGACAAAAAAGGUUAAAGGAGAAGAAGAAGACGAAGAAGACGAAGACAUAGUUCUUCCGACACGUUUCUCAUCACGUAAUAACAAUAGAUCUGUUAAUUAUAAUAUUGAUUAUUCAGACGAGGAUUUAUUAGAGUCUGAAGGAGAAUUGUCAGAUAUGGAUGAAGAUUUAGAUGGAACAGAAUUCGAAGAAGAAGGUUCUGUGACACCUUCUAAUUUAGAAGAAGUUCAUUCAAUUGAUAUCGUUGUGAAUCAUAGACCAAAGGAAAAUACGAACCAAGAUAUAUUGAAGAAAGUCCCUAGCUUGGAAGAAUGCAAACUAAGUUUUGAAUUCUUAAUCAAAUGGGCAGAUGAAUCUCAUUUACACAACACAUGGGAAACUUAUGAUUCCCUAGACCAAGUCAAAGGUACCAAAAGACUUGACAAUUAUUGUAAACAAUUUAUAAUACAAGACCAAGAAGUUAGAUUGGAUCCAUACAUUACUCGUGAAGAUAUAGAAGUUAUGGAUAUGGAACGCGAAAGACGCUCAGAUGAAUUUGAUGAAUAUACGGUCCCAGAAAGAAUUAUCGAUAGUCAACGUAUCACUUUAGAUGACGGUACGUCACAAUUACAGUACCUUGUUAAAUGGUCUCGUUUGAAUUACGAUGAGGCUACUUGGGAAAAUGCAUCAGAUAUAGUCAAACUGUCACCAGAGGGGGUUAGACAUUUCCAAAACAGAACAAAUUCAAACAUCUUACCACAAUACUCAGAUAAUUAUGGUUCAAAUAGACCUAAAUUUUCUAAAUUGGAUGAACAGCCAUCUUAUAUCAAGGGAGGUGAAUUAAGAGAUUUCCAAUUGACUGGUAUCAACUGGAUGGCCUUUUUAUGGUCUAAAAAUGAUAAUGGUAUCCUAGCAGAUGAAAUGGGUUUAGGUAAAACCGUUCAAACUGUUGCAUUUAUCAGUUGGUUAAUAUAUUCUCGAAAACAAUGUGGUCCACAUAUAAUCGUCGUACCAUUAUCCACAAUGCCAGCUUGGCAAGAAACUUUUGCUAAAUGGGCACCCGAAUUAAACUGUAUUUGCUACAUGGGUAACCAAAAAUCGAGAGAAGCAAUUAGAGAUUAUGAAUUUUAUACGAAUCCACAAGCCAAAGGGAAGAAACAUAUGAAAUUUAACGUUCUAUUAACAACAUACGAAUAUAUUCUAAAAGACCGUACUGAAUUGGGCUCCAUAAAAUGGCAAUUCUUGGCUGUUGAUGAAGCACACAGAUUAAAGAAUGCGGAAUCAUCCUUAUAUGAGUCACUAAAUAGCUUCAAGGUUUCUAAUAGACUUCUAAUUACUGGUACGCCUUUGCAAAAUAACAUCAAAGAAUUGGCUGCUUUAGUGAAUUUCUUAAUGCCUGGUAGGUUUACAAUCGAUCAAGAAAUUGAUUUCGACAAUCAAGACACUGAACAAGAGGAAUAUAUUAGAGAUUUACAAACAAGAAUUAAACCUUUUAUUCUACGUAGAUUAAAGAAAGAUGUUGAAAAAUCAUUACCUUCAAAAACUGAGCGUAUCCUUCGUGUUGAGUUAUCUGAUGUUCAAACUGAAUAUUAUAAAAACAUUCUUACAAAGAAUUAUAGAGCUUUAACCGAAGGUUCAAAAGGUGGUCAUUUUUCAUUAUUGAAUAUCAUGAGCGAACUGAAGAAGGCAUCAAAUCAUCCAUAUCUGUUUGAUAAUGCAGAAGAUCGUGUUCUACAAAAGUUUGGUGCCGGUAAUAUGUCUCGUGAAAAUAUUCUGAGAGGGCUAAUCAUGUCGUCCGGUAAAAUGGUUUUAUUAGAUCAACUUCUAACAAGACUACAGAAAGACGGUCACAGAGUCCUUAUUUUCUCACAAAUGGUGCGUAUGUUGGACAUUCUGGGUGACUAUCUAUCAAUCAAAGGUAUAAAUUUCCAAAGAUUGGAUGGUACGAUUUCUUCCGGGCAAAGAAGAAUAUCUAUUGACCAUUUCAAUGCUCCUGAUUCUAAGGAUGACGUUUUCUUAUUGUCAACUAGAGCAGGUGGUUUAGGUAUUAAUUUAAUGACUGCUGAUACCGUUGUCAUUUUUGAUUCUGAUUGGAAUCCACAAGCAGAUCUGCAAGCAAUGGCCAGAGCUCACCGUAUUGGCCAAAAGAAUCAUGUCAUGGUUUAUAGAUUUGUAUCAAAGGAUACCGUUGAAGAAGAAAUUCUUGAGAGAGCACGUAAGAAGAUGAUUUUGGAAUAUGCUAUUAUUUCUUUAGGUGUCACAGAUGGUAACAAAUAUAGAAAGAAGAGUGAUCCAAAUGCUGGUGAACUAUCUGAAAUCUUAAAAUUUGGUGCUGGUAAUAUGUUUGCUGCUACAGAUAAUCAAAAGAAACUGGAAGAUUUGAAUUUAGAUGAUGUUUUGAAUCAUGCGGAGGACCAUGUCACAACACCUGAACUUGGUGAAUCCCACCUUGGUGGUGAGGAAUUCUUAAAACAAUUUGAAGUUACAGACUACAAAGCCGAUAUUGAUUGGGACGAUAUUAUUCCUGAGGAAGAUUUGAAGAAGUUUCAAGAUGAAGAAUUAAGACGUAAAGACGAAGAAUAUGUCAAAGAACAACUUGAAAUGAUGAACAGAAGGGACAAUGCCUUGAAAAGAAUUAAAGACAGUGUCAACGGAACUGGUACUCCUCAGGAUUCAGAUGAUGAAGAGGAAAACAAUUCUAGAUCUAGAAGAAGAGCAAGAGCUAACAACUUAAACGCCAUCGGAGAAACUGAGAUUCGUGUAUUAUAUAGAGCUGUUCUGAAAUAUGGUGAUUUGACUGAUCUCUUCGAAACCUUAAUUGCUGACAAUGUAUUACCUGUCAGAUCCAUUGAGAAAUAUGAAGAAAUUUAUUCUGAACUAAUGACUAAUGCAAAAGAAUACCUAGAAGACGAAGAAAGUAAAAGAAAUGAAAUCAUGGAUAAACUCGAAAAGGAUGCAUCUGAAUACAGACUGAAAUUAAAAUCUGGUCAAAUUAAGAUGGAAGACCAACCAAGUGAAAAUCCUCUUACAAGACUUGCUGCCAAGAGGAAAGAAAAGAAGGCCGUACUAUUUACCUUUAAAGGUGUAAAAUCGCUAAAUGCUGAAUCAUUAGUGAAUCGUGCGGAAGAAUUAAAGUAUUUAAAGACAUUUAUCCAUGAUCAUUAUAAGGAGGAUUCCUUAAAAUUUAAAAUAGAUAAUAACAAAAAUCCCAAACCAGUUCAAAGUUGGAGUUGUAACUGGAACAAGGAAGAUGAUGAAAAGUUAUUAGUAGGUGUUUAUAAGUAUGGUUAUGGUGCAUGGACCCACAUUAGAGAUGAUCCAUUUUUGGGUUUAAGUGAUAAAAUAUUUCUAAAUGAACAACAGAAAUCAGGUCCUAAAUCUUCUUCAUCAGCGGAAACAAACACUGGUACCGGUGAAAACGAAACGACCAAGAAGGGUAAAGGUAUCACUGGAUCUUCCAAGAAAGUACCCGGGGCCAUACAUCUAGGUAGAAGAGUCGAUUACUUAAUAUCAGUAAUGAGAGAUGAAACAAAGGAACAAACUCCAAAUACCGGGAAAGCUGGUAGUUCGGGAACAGAUCUUUCUACUACUUCUGAUAAGACACCAGUAGCCCCAAGAAAGAAGAGAGUUCGUAAGACUUCUAACGAUAACGGUGUUUUAAUACCCAAGAAGGUAAAUCGAAAAAAUGAGGUACCACCAAAUAAACGUCAAAAACCUUUACCAAGAGGACCCGCUCCUAAGGGACCAGCACCCAAAGGGCCUGCUACAAAACUAUCACCACCAAAGGGCCCAGCUCCAAAGGCAAAUGUACCAAAACUUCAAAAGGUAGCUAGUGUCAGUGAUGAUAAACACACUAAGGAAUAUGAUAGUAUGGAUGAAAAUGAAUGUAGAACCAAGAUGACUACAGUACGUACUUCACUACAACGUCUAAGACGUGGUGGUAAAGGUCUUGACAGGAGAGAUUGGGCCAAUAUCCUUAAGACAGAACUAACGAAUAUUGGUGAUCAUAUAGAGCGUGAGAAGGCUACAGGUACAGGUACACCAACUAACAAACUAUGUAAACAUCUAUGGUCUUACGCUGCCAAUUUCUGGCCUGCCAAUGUUAAAAGCGACAAGUUAAUGGCUAUGUAUGACAAGAUUCGGACUGCUAGGUCCGCCCCUAAGGAGAGCAAAGAGAACAUAAUCAACUAG